GCUCUCUUUUCCUACUCUCUCUCUCUUUCAUAGUCACUUUCUUUCUCUUCUAUAUUUAAUUAAUAUAUUUUUUCUUAUCUUUUCAUUUAAAUUGUUGUGAGAUUCUCUUUCUCUCUCCUCUUUUCUGGGUUGGUUGUUCUAUAAAUUGCGCACAGCUCCUCUUUGCUUGGCUUCUUUUCUUUGUCUUGCGUUUAAACCUUGGCCCAAAAUUUUGUUCUUUUUCCUUCUUUUUUAAAAUUUUAUUUUUCUUUUAUUUUUUUUGUUUUUUGGGUUUUCCUUGUUUCUGAUUAGCACGGUUUUUGAAAAGAGAGAGAGUAUUCCUCUGGAGGAGUUAUUAGCUGUACAGUUAAAUCUUAAGAGGGUAUUUUUGGUCCAUUUGAGAAAUGAAUCAGUGUGGGAUCCAACAGAACGUCUUCUCUGUUUGUGAAGAGAUGAGAAGCUCUUCCAUGGACCGAAGGGAUCCGGUGGUUUGCCCCAAACCUCGCCGUUUGGGCCUCCUUAAUUCCGCCGUCCACGACCACCCUAUCCGAUCCUUUAGGUGGCAUAUCAGCCACCAAGCGGAGCCGUGUGAUUCAAGAGCCCGGUCUGAACUUUUGGAUAUCAUCCUCACGAAGGGUGGAUAUGGAGUGGAAGUGGAACAAUCUUCAUGCACCACCCAAAUAGCCUCGUCGCCCCCAUUUUUCUGCGGGUCACCGCCGAGCAGAGUAGCUAACCCAUUGAUUCAGGAUGCUCGAUUUGGGGAUGAGAAGGCCGCCCCAUUCUCGCCGCUGUCUCCGAUCCCGCAUCCGAACGGUAUUUCGUCGGCAUCGCCGUCGGCGGCAGCGGCCUCCUCCGCAAGGAAAGGAGGCUGCGUUCGGGCCAAUUUUGGGAACAAGCCGGCGGUGAGGAUUGAGGGGUUCGAUUGUCUUGACAGGGAUAGGCGGAAUUGCAGCAUCCCUGCCCUGGCAUGAGAUAAAGAGUCCUUCAUCCCAAGUCGAGCCACCAAAAAAAAAAAAAAGUACAUAGGAAAGCAAAAAUUAAGCUAAAAGUUUCACUAGAAAAAGAAAGGAAAGAAAAAAUCCACAACAAUCUUCAUAGCAUGAGAGGAAUUUUGGAAAUUCUCAAGGUGAGGAAAAGAGAAGAAGAUCCUUUUGGCUGUGUAAAUAUGUUUCAAAGGGGUUUUCUGUAAAUUUAAUGUUGUCCUUUGUAAAUGAGUUGCUUAACCCAAAAUAAAUGGAGUUUAUUAGGUUUGGUGUCUGUAGGUGAGUGAGAGAAAAGAGAGAGAUGUUAGUAGGUGUGUGUUUGGGUUGUGAGGAGUCUCAUUUUAGUCUUUUACCACCCCCAAUCUUUGUAUUUGUAAAGUGUAAGAAAAAAGGGGUGGAAAUUUUAAGUUGUAUUUAUGAGUUUGGGUGUUUAUAAGGCUGUCAAUUAGCGGCUUGUGAAAGGGAAAUAUGUACAAAAAUUGAAGUUGCUGUUGAGUCUAAAAAAAGCUCUAGAAGUUUUACACUUGUAUAUACACCAUUUGUUUUACUCGUC